AUUGGUCGGCCAAGCAUGUACCAUGCGGUGGUGGUCAUAUUUCUAGAAUUCUUUGCCUGGGGGCUAUUGACAACUCCAAUGCUAACGGUCUUACAUGAAACGUUUUCCCAUCAUACAUUUUUAAUGAAUGGUCUUAUUCAAGGUGUUAAGGGUUUUUUGUCCUUUCUCAGUGCUCCGCUAAUAGGUGCUCUUUCAGAUGCUUGGGGAAGAAAAUCUUUUCUUCUUCUUACAGUUUUCUUCACCUGUGCCCCAAUUCCAUUAAUGAGACUAAGUCCAUGGUGGUACUUCGCUAUGAUUUCGGUAUCUGGAAUCUUUUCUGUUACCUUUUCUGUAAUAUUUGCCUAUGUAGCUGAUGUAACACAAGAACAUGAAAGAAUUACAGCCUAUGGACUGGUAUCUGCCACCUUUGCAGCAAGUUUGGUAACGAGCCCUGCCAUUGGAGCAUACCUGUCUGCCAGCUACGGAGAUAACCUUGUUGUACUAGUGGCCACAUUGGUGGCUGUUGUGGACAUCUGCUUCAUCCUGCUAGCUGUACCAGAAUCUCUGCCAGAAAAAAUGAGACCUGCUUCAUGGGGAGCUUCUAUAUCAUGGGAACAAGCAGACCCUUUUGCAUCACUGAAGAAGGUUAGAAAAGAUUCUACAGUUCUCCCAAUCUGCAUUACAGUGUUUCUUUCCUAUCUGCCUGAGGCUGGCCAGUAUUCUAGCUUUUUUCUGUACUUGCGACAGAUUAUAGGUUUUGGAUCUGCUAGCAUUGCGGCAUUUAUAGCUGUGGUUGGCAUUCUGUCUAUAAUAGCUCAGACUGUGUUUCUCAGUAUCUUGAUGAGGUCGAUAGGGAACAAAAAUACAGUUCUCCUUGGCCUUGGCUUUCAAAUCCUUCAGUUGGCUUGGUAUGGUUUUGGAUCUCAGUCUUGGAUGAUGUGGGCAGCAGGAGCUGUAGCAGCCAUGUCAAGCAUUACAUUUCCUGCAAUCAGUGCUCUGGUUUCACGAAAUGCAGAGUCAGAUCAACAAGGUGUUGUCCAAGGAAUAAUAACUGGAAUAAGAGGUCUGUGCAAUGGCCUGGGACCAGCACUGUAUGGCUUUAUUUUCUUUCUCUUUCAUGUGGAGCUCAAUGAAUUGACUCCUGAUCAGACUUCUGGAAAAAAAGCAAUGCAAGGAGCAAUCAUUCCUGGUCCACCCUUCCUGGUUGGAGCAUGCAUUGUUCUUCUGGCUUUUCUAGUCGCCUUAUUUAUUCCUGAGCACAGCAAAGCAAGUAGUACCAGAAAACACAGCAACAGCAUCAGCAGUACUCUGAGUAAUGAUCUAGACCGAAGUACCGAAGAGGACAUUGAACCGUUGCUGCAAGAUAGCAGUGUAUGA